CCAGAGCAGCCAGUGGCUGUGUUAUGUUCCCGUUAAGACAGGGAAUGGUUUCAGUACUGUUCAGAUCCUGACAUCUCUGUGGAUACUCUAAUUGCGGACAGCCUAUCUGUUCCAGGGCUCCAGCGGAGGACUUGAACCAUUCACGUUCGCUUUACUUGCAGAGUGCAUCCAAGCAAACACUGCGACCGACGGGAGAGCCAGAGAAUUAGCAACAGAUUUUUUAAAAGGGAACUGUUUCCUUCAGGAGAGAUUUGCUCGGCCAGUUCUCCCGGAGCAGCUCUCAUGUGUCCGGGAUUGUUACUGCGGGUCUGGGCUCGAUAAGGGUUGAGUACGUUGAGCGAAGAUGGAAGGGUCUCCGGAGAGGACACGAGAGACGGUCCGUCCAACGUGUCGAAGGACCUGUAGCGCAUCUCAGAUCUCCAAGCAUUUGCGACAUUGUCUAGACCUCCCCCGGGUUUUUUGCUGCCUCUUGUCAGUUGUGUCUCUGGGGGUUUGCAUUCUAGUGCAUUGCAGGACUUCAGAUCUCCAAACCCGCGUCUCGCAUUUGGAGGAAGAAAGGCAGGUUUAUCAGGCUUGGUUCUCAAUGGACCAAAUGGAACCGGCUAUUUUUAACAGAGUGGAUCAGCUAUUGACCGAGAAACUAAAGGAGCAUUUACCUAAGGUGAGAAUGGCCCGUGGUAUCCCUGGCGCCUGCAUCUGUCCUCCAGGGCCACCAGGAGAAAAAGGAAGACAUGGUCGCAGAGGUGUUCCAGGGCCAGCUGUAAGUACAUGAAACGCUAGUUGUGCCUAAGAGAAAAGGUUGGGUCAAAAAUAACAGCGUCUGUCUCUAAGCUUCUGUUUGGUGUACUGGACCUUAGAUAUUAACUUAUUUCUGCUAAAUCUUUGCCAUGUCAUCAUAACUUUCCUUGGUCUUUGCAGAAUGUAUAUUUGUUGUGAUGCUGUAAAACCUUUGCACCAGUGCACUUAUAAAUUUUGUAUCUUUAAAAGUUAAAAUUAAUAAAGUCAGCUUUAUCCCUUUGGCUUGUUGGGCUAUGUAUAUAAUAUGUUAAUUUUUUUCCCUUUCUACUGAUUUUUAUCACUUCAGGGAGCUCCAGGAAGAGAUGGCUUU